AUGUCACUCUUUGCAAAAAAAUGUAAAAGUCUUUUUGACAGGUAAUCUAUUUAUUUAUAUUAUUUUCAUGUAUACCUAUAUUUGUUUAAACAUUCUAUUGUUGUAUUUUGUAAGAAUUAAAAAAUUAAAAACCUUGUCAUUAUAAUAAUAAAAUAUUACUACUUUCUUGUUAGAUUUAUUUAUAUUUAGUUUAUUAAUUUCAUUACAUGCACUUAGUGAUUUAAAUUACCUAUUUACUAAUAUAUGGUAAUAUACUGUGUCAUAUUAUUUAUAAAAUUAAUUACAGAACAAAUUUUACUUUUUCAAUCUAGGUACCACCUAUUAAUUUAAAAAAGUUAUUUUCAUGUAUAUUAUCAAGGUAACUAUUUUAAUUAGUUUAAAAUUUAAUAUUUAUGUAUUAUUUAAUUAUUUAUAGGACUAGAAUACUGUGUAUCGAUAUCAAAAAACAAAAAUCAUAUAAGCCAAUGGCAAAGAGUAAAUAUGAAUAUGUACGAACAUUUGAAUUUGAAGACAAAUGUUUACAGAAUUGUUGGAUAGUUGUGCGGUUGGAUGGUCGUUCAUUCCAUAGGUCUGUUUAUAUUAUUUGUUGUUGUAUAUUAAUCAUAAUAUUGUUUUUAUUGUUUAUCGUUCUCAGUGGUAAACUGGUGUUUUCCUGAUAGUACUUAAUGUGAUUUUAUGUGAUUUAAUGUUUAUUGGUUUUAUUCAUAAUUGCUUCAGGGUCUGAGAUUUUGUCACCAUACCACUGUUUAUCCUUACAAAAAAUACCCAGUAUAGUAUUUGAGGAUAUUCUUUUUAAUUGUUAAAACAUGAUCAUUCUUUUAUUUUUAUUUACUUAUAUAUAAGCUAAUAGCUUUUAAUCUUGCUUUAAAAAACUUUAAUAGCUUGUCUAUUAGAUUAUCAUAAGUAUAAAUUUAAACUUAUCUAACCUUAAACUGUAUAGAAAAUAAUUACUUCUAAUUUAUAUGUAGAAAUCAACUAUUUGCAAUGUUAAGUUAAUAUGUUAUCUAUUAAAAUUUCCAAUUUCAUGUUAUCCCAACAUACUGUUUAUCUCUAAACUUUCCAAUUUGUACUAUCUAUCAUGCUUUUAUGUAACAACCUAAAUCUUAUAUCUUAUUGACAAUUACCUAAUCAUUAAUGAUGGUUUUUGAUAAUAGUAAUGUAAUUUAUUUGUUUUCACUGUUAUGUAAAGAAGAUCUUUAAAAUGGGGUUUGGUGUGAACUGAAAAUUCAGUUUGAAUACACCUUUACAUUAGCAGUUAUCUGCUAAACUAAACUUUAUAUUUGUCUAUAUCUUCUUUAACAAUGUUAAAAUAUGAAUUGCAUUGUUAAACCUAAUCAUAUUAUACUAUGAAUUAUUAUUAAGCUAUGUAAGAUUGAAAUCUUUGCUGUUAUAAAAUACCACUAAAAGCCAGAUUACAUAUUACCAUUGUAUAUGCAAACAUAAUUGGUAGUUCUCCAAUCGAUAAUGAAAAUUAAAUUUCACACUAUAGAGAUAAAAAAUAAAUAAUAAUGUAAAGAAAUGUUUACAUAUAGUGUAUUUGGCUUAUGAUAACACGGCAAAGAUAAAAUAUGCUUCUGUAUGAUCUAAGUGUUCAACAUUAUAAUUUAUUUUGGAUAUUAAUUGUAUAAAAAAUAAUUUUAUGAACAUAUUAUCAUUGUAAAUAGGUUUACAGAUUCACACAAAUUUGAAAAACCAAAUGAUAAAAGAGCUUUAGAAUUAAUGAAUAGAUCUGCUGCAACUGUGAUGGAAGAAUUGCAGGAUGUAUCAUUAGCUUAUGGGCAGAGUGAUGAAUAUAGUUUUAUAUUACGAAAGGAUACAGACGUGUAUAAUCGACGGCAGUCAAAAAUCAUGUCUGCAAUUAACAGCAUAUUUUCUGCUUCUUAUGUAUAUUAUUGGAGUACAUAUUUUGAAGAUAAAAAACUUUUAUAUCCACCGUCAUUUGAUGCUCGAAUUGUUCUUUAUCCGACAGAUCAAAAUUUGAGAGAUUACUUAUGUUGGCGUCAAGCUGACACACAUAUCAACAAUUUGUACAACACUGCCUUUUGGGGACUUAUUUUAAAGAAAGGAUUAUCAAAUAAUGAGGUACUCAUUUUAAAAACACAUGAUUUAUGUAUAAUGUUGAAUGAAAUAUUGAUUUUGGAUUAUAUGUUGUAGGCUGAAAAAAUUUUAAGUGGGACAAUAUCAUCAGAAAAAAAUGAAAUACUAUUUAAAGAGUGUGGAACUAAUUAUAAUAAUGAGUUACCAAUAUAUAGAAAAGGUACAGUGCUUGUAAGAAAAACUGUUUAUAUACCUCCAUCAAAGUCAAAAAAAAAUAUCAUAUGUCCCUUACAUGUGGAUAUUAUUGGUGAUAGUUUUUGGUUAGAACAUGAUGAAAUAUUAAGUUUAAAAAAUCCGAAAGUAAACAAGGACUUUAACCUAGAUAGUAUUUUUUAUUCAGUAAAACGUUCUUAA